AUCUGACGCCUGCCCGCCUGCCGACCUAGCUACCUACCUCAUACAGCCAACGCCCUUCGCGCGACAUAGCACGCCGAAAGAGUCAUCGCCCCUCUUGGACCCUGGGAGUUCUUUGUCAGACGGCUUUGGUAAGCAGGCCUGGCUUACAUGAUCGUGGAGAUGCUCUUGUGAGUUUCCCUAGUCGCCGGACGACGACUGCGCCAGGACGUCGAUGCUCACUCCACCGCCGCGAAACCGAUAUAUACCUCCAUCACGGGCCGCCCGUGCUCCUGCUGAGGUCCGGUUGCAUCUCUUUAUCGCAAAGGAUAAGAGGCAAGAGGAAAAAACAACGACAAGCCCCGCCCCCCCCCACGCAGGCCAGACGAUAGUAUCAGUAUCAGUGGUAAAAACGUUUACCUGAACAUGUCUUCCUUCCCACCUCCACUCUUCCCAAAAGCCCUCCCGUCUGGGGGGAAAAUUGCCCUCCUCUCCCCUUCGGGCCGCAUAAAACACAUAAUCCCCGCCCCAGCAAAACGCGCCGAAACCCUUCUGCGGUCUCUGGGCUACACCGUCACCACAAUCUUCUCUAAUGCGGGGGAGUCCUCCUCCGCCACCGCCGUCGCCGAGGAUGGGGUCGACCCCGUCAACGCCUCCAUCCACAACCGCCUCGCCGAGCUCCGCGCCGCCUUCGCCGACCCCACCGUCGACAUGAUCCUCUGCACCCUCGGCGGCUCCACGAUGACCGAGCUCAUCCCCUACAUCGUCGAGGACUCGUCGCUUCACGCCCUGGUCCGCGAGAACCCAAAGAUCGUCGUGGGCUACUCCGACAUCACCGUCCUGCACUGGUGCCUGCGCGCCCUCACUGGCCUCCGGACCUUCUACGGGCCCUGUGCGUUCCUGGAGCUCAGCGGAGACGCGACGUCCACUCUGUCCUCCGUCGCCUCCUUCUCCCCUUCCACCUCGGUGCCGCAGGACCCGGAAGAGGGCGACGCCUACGUCCAGGACUUUCACCUCGCUACCCUCCUCCAGACCAUCUCUCGCCCGGGUCAACCCCUAGGCCCUGUCCCCCGCUCCAGGUUCUACGCACCCCUCGUACCCUCCUACUUCUUCUUGCCCCCGUCGCCGCCGCCCCCAAAGAACACGCGCUCCCUCAUCCCCUCUCCGGCGUGGACCUGGCUCCGCCCCGGUCGCGCCGAGGGCCGCCUCUUCGGCGGGUGCCUCACGGUUGUUUCCCGCAUCCAGGGAAUCCCGCGAAUCACCCCCGACUGGCGAGGCAGGAUCCUCUUCCUCGAGUCCGCGACGGGGGAGGGCGACCAGGCCAAGGGAAACCCGUUGGGCAGGGUGCAGCAGGCAGUCGCGGACCUUGCGGCGCGCGGCGUCUUCGAUGAGCUCGGUGGGUUGGUCAUCGGGCGGCCGUACGGGUACAACACGGAAAAGCAGAGGGCCGAGUACGCCGCAGUUUUCCGUAGUCUGCUUUGUCACGGCCGGCUGGCGAAUCGCAGGUUUCCGAUUCUGAUGAACGUCGAUGUGAGCCAUACCUCGCCCAAGGUGACGUUGCCAAUGGACGCGCUGGCGGUGCUGGACUCGGACAAGGACGAGUUCGCCAUCAUCGAGGCGGCCGUGGUCUAACGGCGGCGAUGCCGGGAACCAGUGCCGCAAACCAAUGGCCCC